CUUGUGUGUUACAGCGUUUGGUAGCCCGGGUCAAGGAAGUUGGGUAACUCUAGAAUUCACCGUAUGGGGAAAUCAUAGACGUCACGCUCGGGUUCCGAAAGUGGGGUCUUUACAGUACUGUAUUUGGUUAUAUGUUUACCUACAGAAGUUACGCUACACCUUGGAUCUGUCAGACUGUGAUUGACAGUUUUAUUUGUUGGAAAAGUCAAAGGGGUUUCCAGUACCUGGUUGACUGGGAAGGUUACGGCCCGGAGGAGAGGUGCUGGGUUCCCACUACAGACAUCCUGGAUCCAGCCCUCAUCACCGACUUCCACUGCCGACACACCGGUCAACCAGGGAUGUACCCAGACAGACGUCGAGUUGGGUCCAAGUGUCAUUAUGAGAUGUCGUCUCUCAGCGCCUCCUUCGUGCAAAUCAGGUUUGAUGACAUCCACUUCCACGAGAACUGCGGCGGCGGCAGCUUCGGGAGCGUGUACCGAGCCAGGUGGAUCUCUCAGGACAAAGAGGUGGCGGUGAAAAAGCUACUCAAGAUCGAAAAUGAGGCUGAAAUCCUCAGUGUGCUCAGCCAUCGCAACAUCAUUCAGUUCUAUGGGGCGAUCCUUGAAGCACCCAACUAUGGAAUCGUCACCGAAUAUGCCGGUGGAGGGUCCCUGUAUGACUAUCUGUCCAGUGCAGAGAGUGAGGAGAUGGACCUGGGGCAGGUUAUGACUUGGGCCAUGGAGAUUGCUAAAGGCAUGCACUAUUUACACUCAGAGGCCCCGGUCAAGGUUAUCCACAGGGAUCUGAAGUCCAGGAAUGUGGUUGUGACGGCAGACAAAGUUCUUAAGAUCUGUGAUUUUGGGGCAUCCCGGUUCCACUCCCACACCACACACAUGUCCCUGGUAGGCACGUUCCCCUGGAUGGCCCCGGAAGUCAUCCAGAGCCUGCCCGUGUCUGAGACCUGUGACACGUACUCCUACGGUGUGGUUCUGUGGGAGAUGCUCACCCGGGAGAUUCCCUUUAAAGGCCUGGAGGGAUUACAAGUCGCCUGGCUGGUGGUGGAGAAGAGUGAGAGAUUAACCAUUCCCAGUAGCUGCCCAACUAGUUUCGCUGAGCUGAUGAGGAAGUGCUGGGUGACUGAGCCAAAGGAAAGACCAAUGUUCAAACAUAUCCUUACAACCCUGGAGUCCAUGUCCAAUGACAGCAAGCUUCCUGAACAGUGCAACUCCUUCCUACACAACAAGGCUGAAUGGAGCUGUGAGAUUGAGGCCACACUGGAGAGACUGAAGAAGUUGGAGCGGGAUCUGAGCAGCAAAGAGCAGGAACUGAAGGAGAGAGAACGUCGCCUGAAGAUGUGGGAGCGCAAGCUCAUUGAGCAGUCCAACACCCCGCUCCUUUCCAACCUUCAUAUUCAUUCCUGGACAGAGGAACAUGUGUACUUUUGGAUACAGCAGAUAUUUGGGGCGGGGGAGGGGGCAAGUGGCAUGCAGCUGUAUGGUGACCUGUUUAAGGAGAACCACAUUACAGGCAAGAGGCUGCUGCUGCUCACGGAAACGGACAUGCGAGACCUGGGGGUCAAGUCCAAAGGUCACAUCAUGCACCUCAAGAGGGAAAUUGAGAAGCUAACCAAUGACUACAUUGGGCUCUUCCACUUCCCUCCACUAAUGAAGGAUGAGUGUGCAGAGGAGGAGGAGGAGGAGAGGAGGAAGAUUGUUCAUCUAGAGCUGGUGUUUGGGUACCACUGGAAAGCGGGAACAGGUCACUCGGACUGCAAAUGGAAAAUGUACAUUGAACUUGACGGAGAUGAAGUUGCAAUAACGUACAUCAAGGAUGUGACCUUUAAUGCCAACAGACAGGAUGUGGAUGUCCUGAAGAUGACCAAGCCUCCAUUUGUGAUGGACAAAUGGGUAGUUGGACUAUGGGAGAAUGAGGUUGUUGACUGCAUUGUAAAUUAUGAGAAUGAUGUGAGAUCACCCAGGUGUACGAGACAUAGCCAUGCAGUGAGGUGGAACCCCACCGGUGGACGAGAUGAGAUCAAGACUGUGGAGCUGCUGAUAGAAACAGCUCAGUUAAACAUUGAAGGAAACCCCAGAAGCAGAUCAAACUCAAAAGAUGUGGAUCCCAGAUGGUUGUACAACCUGAGACAGAGGCAGCUGAAGAGCCAGUCAGCAGCACAGCAGCAUGGUGCCCAGACCCCCACCGGAGGCUCAGAAACCCGCACCCUGUCUCAGUUCCUGUCUGCAUAUGGAGAUCAAGCCUCUUCCUACGCUGCAGCAGUGCGGAGGUCUCCCAACAGCCCCCUCUCUCCCUGGUGCUCCCGCAGCUCGUCCCCUACCGCAGGCCUGUCCGCCAUGCUCUCCCCCCUCUACCUGGGGUCAAAGGGCAGCAGCCCCUCCAGCACCACCUCCGAGAGUCCCUUGGAGCGUGAACGCCUGCUCAGUGCCGGGGAAGUGCAAGGUUACCACAGAAGCUACAUUGACAACUCAUUGAGUGCAACAAGGGGCCACAACAGAGACACGUGGUCCCAUACAAGGGGCAACUUCACACAGAAUAAGUCAAGCAGAACCUCACAGCAAAUGGGGAGGCCCCGGACCAAUAAUUACAGUGCAGCAGGUCAGAACCGAGCCAGAGUGAUACCGGGCAUAUCGGCGGUGGUGGAAAACCUCAGUACAGAGCAAGAGGGAGCUAAAGUCAGUGAGGGGGGAUGGAUCAAAGUGGAGCGCCAAAAAAGGUUACCUCGACAGGACAAUAAACAGGCCAGAGGAAGACAGAGGAGAGGGUGUAGAGGUGGCCGUGGUGGACGAAGCGGAGAAUCAUUUGCUGUUUGAAAGUGUUAACAUCUCUUAACAGACUGGACAUCAGGUUUCCUUUGAACAUUAACCUUCACACAACUUCUAUAUAUACACGUUUUCUCUCUGGGGGGGGAUCUUUCUAUGUUAUUUGAGCUAGGGAGAAUUGUGUUUUAGGGAAUGCACCCAAUUCAGUCUUUUAGGGCAGAUUUCUGAAAUGUAUUGUACACACUAAAAUAUUUUUGGGAUUUAGCAUCUACAUAUAAUUUGUAGUUGUAUAUUGUGAACUAUUGUACAUAAGCCUAUUGUAAAUUGUAUAGCCUACAUUGUUCUAAUCUUUUUAUAUAUGAGAUAUACUGUAUAGCUAGAUAAUUAUUUUACUAUAAUAAAAAAAAGUUAAUCUACUUAUGGAUUCAUAAAUGGAAUAGAUUUUUAAAAAAAUAGUCUAUAACUAUAUGUUGGGUAAAAAAAAAGAAACAUUAUAUGAAAGUUCAAAGUAUUAUUUCAUUACAGUUUUUCUCAAGUC